AUGACUACGGCACUAUCUAACGCUGUAACAAACUCGGGGCGUCACCAUCCCCACACCUUGUCGGCCAUGGACUUUCAAAGCGCAAGCUCUGGAGUUGCUGCCAAGGCUAUGCGUUCAGAACUAAGCAGACUUGCUAACGCGAUCCCAGACGUGAAGGCUCGUAGA